UUUUUUUUAACCAGCCGAAGUUGUUAGUUUUGGGGUCCAGUUGUGCUCCGCUCCGCCAUGGUGGCUUCCCCGGUCCACGGAGCGCUCCUCCUGUGUGCCCUCCUCCAGCUGUUCCCUCUACCCGGCGGACAGGCGCCAAACUGCCAGGAGGUGCGCACUGCGUUUUACGCUCUGCACCCCGGAUCCAAGUGGGUCCCCGAAAGCCCGGUAUCAGGUGCAGAUCUGCAGGUUUGCCAAGCCAAAGGCCCGACCUGCUGUUCCAAGAAGAUGGAGGAGCGGUAUCAGGUGGCCGCACGCAGCAACAUGGAGUCAGGUCUGCAGGUUGUCAGCGCUCAUCUCAAACGUCUCAUUAUCCAGAAUGCUGCAAUAUUCCAAGAGGCCUUCGACCUGGUGCUGCGUCAUGGCCGUAACUCCACCCUGACCAUGCUGAAGUCGGAGUUCCCUGGUGUCCUCCCUGGAGUUCAGAGCUCUGUAGGGCAGCUCUUUUUGGACAUGUCGCUCUACAUCCUCGGCUCGGACUCGACAGUGGACCACAUGGUGGCGACGUUCUUCAACAAACUCUUUCCCUACACGUACCGCCGACUAAUUGGAGGCAGCUCCCCCUCCAUGUCGGAGGAGUGUUUACGAGGAGCCUGGAAGGAUUUGACGGCAUUUGGUCCUUAUCCUAAACUGAUCAUGACCCGUCUGUCUCGCUCCCUCCUAGCCACACGAGUCUUCCUGCAGGCGCUGAACCUGGGCAUCGAAGUGGUGAACACCACGGACCAUCUGCGGCCCAGCAGGGACUGCAGCCGGGCUCUGCUAAGGCUGUGGUACUGCCCGCACUGUCAGGGCAUGCUGGCGCCACCGGCAUGCAGAGGCUUCUGUCAGAUGGUCAUGCAGGGCUGCCUGGGGGGCGCCGCGGAGGUCCAGCCUCACUGGAGGAGCUACAUUGAUGGACUGGGGAAGCUAGCUGGUGGCAUGAGAGGAGAGCAGGAUAUGGAGGCUGUUGUUCUUAGGCUGCCGUCGAUGAUUAAACUGGCUCUGAAGCAGGCUGUGAACGCCCGCAGCCGGCUCAGCACCCUGGUCAGCGGUAUGUGUGGACACGCUACCAAGCGAGCCUCUCGCUCCGUAGAGACCCCUCCUCUCCAUCAGCCUCCUGCUGCAUCUGCUCCUGAUGUUCAGCCCUCAGAUUCUGAUGAGACUCUGGCUGGCCUCCGCAGGGAGUUCAUUACCAGCUUGAGAGGCUUCAGCUCCUUCUACAGUGGUCUCGGUGAGGCGUUGUGCAGCCGUGAGCCAGCUCCAGCGAACAACUCCCUCUGCUGGAAUGGGCAGGAGAUGACAGACAGGUUUGCUGGGCCCAGCCAGAAACGGCUUCAUUCAGCCUCAGAGUCUAAGAGCAACAAGCAGCCGGAGCCGGUCAUCAGCCAGAUCAUUGACAAACUAAAACACAUCAACCAGCUGCUGAACAUGGUGACGGUUUCUGAGAAGCGAUGGCGAGCUCGGUCACGAGGAACUGGAUCAAAUGGGUGGAACGAUGACAUUGAAGAGGGAUUUGCGAGCGGCGACUGUGACGACGAGGACGAGUGUGCCGGGGUGUCGGGGCUGGGUCCUCCUCCAAGGCGUAAACGGCUGCGGAUCUUUUCAGACCUCGCCGAUAACCUGGCAAUGGAUGACUUCACCUUCCAGGAGCAGCUGCUGACUCCUCGGCUGGCCACCGCCGGGAUGGGAGGGGUCCACUCCCCUGCUGCUCCGCUGCAGAGGACCAGCCUGGUUCCAGCCAUGCCAGCGACACUUGCUCUACUUCUGCUAUGGCACCACUGACGAGGCCACUCCUGUUUUAACUCUAUAUCCCUGCAUAGAAAUGGAAGGUGACAAACAUUUCGGACUUCUGGGUCCUGAUUUCAGUUUGGUGGCCCAUCAAAGGAAGCAUUAACAACCAAAAAAAACCAGCUUUCCUCUUAAUUCGUCAAUAGUAAAACAUGUUUAGCUCCAUUCAAAUUUGGGGACGUUCCAAACAAGCACACUUGAUAUUCCAUGUUGUAAAUAAUUUGUACUCUCUGUCUUCAUAUACCGACUCCCUCUCAGUAAUAAUACCGGUAAAACAAAAGAGACGCUGGUUGUUUAUUAAAACUACGGAUGUGUAAAUAAGGCCUUUAAAACACACCAGGCCCUUUUUAAAGUGCAGGCUCAGUCAGUGCUGAGCCAGUGAAUGUCAGCUGCUGCCAUUUUCCUUCAUGACUGUGAAUGAUCUGUUGCAAGCGUUGGACCUGAAAGCUAAUGAGGACUCACCUAUUUGAAGGGAAAGUUCAGAAUUCAAAGUGAGGUUCUGUUAAAAGGUUGAAUGCAGUAAAUCUGUUGCCUGCAGCACAAAAAGCAGCAUCAUGCAGAUGCAAGAGAUCAUUAAAGGGGGCAGUAUUACUCUGGAGUUACGCUGAUUAAGAAAGGAAAAAAAACAGAAAAACAAGUCUAUGGCUGAAUCCCAAACCACUAACCCUUAAGCACUAUCCCUUAACUAUUAAGUGUCCAUCACAAUUAAGUCACACUCACACUUGUGGAAGGUGCCUGGAUUGUUCGUGUCAUACAAACGUGAAUGGGACCGCUUCUUCCCCCCAACGCAAGGGAAAGCAGUCGUUCCUAUGGCAACACAGUGAUGCUGCAUGUGCGUGGCUGUAGCUCUGUGGUGCGUCAUACAGAACAUUUUCUUGAAAAUAGAUAUAUCCAGUCAAAUUAAACUAUUUCAAAGAGGAUCUUCCAUUUAGGGAUCAAUGAUGUUUUUCCUAACGUGAUGAAAAUGCGGCAAACCAGCGGAACUUAGAUUUUGAUGCACGUGUUUCUU